CAUCCUUCUGAUGGAGUUUCUGUCGGUAGGUGUCUGCGAUGUUCCGCCACGUAUCCCAUCUGCAGAACUCAAAGAGCAAUACCAUGGCAUUACCUCAUUUUCCCAUAAUUCAGUGGUGGAAUACGUCUGUCGUCCAGGUUAUGUGAGAACUAUUAAUGCCCGAAACACCCUUGUUUGUGGAAGGAACAAUAGGUGGCAUGGAACAAAGGAGUUCUGUAUACCAAAGCUGUGCACCUACCCUGGAGAGCCGGACAACGGCCGACUGGUCCUUGCAGGGACGUUCAGUUUUGGGUCAGCAGUGAACUUCACCUGCAACAUGGGGUACAGGCUGGUUGGAAAUUCCCAAAUCCAGUGUGUGAUUAAGAAUGGAGUUGUUACGUGGGACAGAGAUAUCCCCAUCUGUGAAUCCAUACCAUGUCCACCCCCUCCAAAAAUAGCCAACGGAGAUCACAGCGAGACCGACAAAGAGCUCUUUGAAUACGGAGCGUCCGUCACUUACAGGUGCCACACCGUCCAAAGAGGAGAGACACCUUUCUCGCUGGUGGGAGAUGCCUCUAUUUUCUGUACAACUACAGAUAACGUAAACGGUGUCUGGAACAAGCCAGCCCCGGAGUGCAAAGCGGUUAACUGUGAGCAUCCUGUCGUGGACAACGGGAAGCUGCUGAGCGGGUUCCGGACCAAGUACACCUACAGAGACACCGUCAUGUUUGACUGUAACUUCCGCUACACCAUGAAAGGCAGCGAUGCCUCCAUGUGCAAAGAAAACGGCCUCUGGGACCCUCCGCUGCCGCUCUGCCAGCUGAGUAGCUGUGACGACCCUCCAGAUGUGGAAAACGCUGUGAAAGCCAGGCUUGCUGGCAAUUUGUUUCCUGUGGAGACUGUCGUUACUUACGAGUGCAGGGAGGGCUACCAGUUCAGCCCCGGAGAAACCACGCGGCACAUCAAGUGUCUGCCGGAUUUUACGUGGACCAAAACUCCACAGCCUUGCCAAAGAAUCAGCUGCCCAAAUCCAGACAUCAGGAAUGGAAAGCCCUUACAUGUAUGGGAGUAUAAACACAAUUACAUGUAUGGAGACAGACUGGAAAUCACGUGUAAUGAAGGUUAUUCCUUCAAAGGUCAUAGCGGUAACGUUGUGCUUUGGUGUACGAGUGACGGUAGGUGGAACCCAGCAGUACCGGAGUGCACUGCAGGGUUCUUUCUGAAAAUAAAUGACAUCCUUUAUUUUCCAAUGUUUCUAGAACUUCGUUGCCCAACGCCAGAUACUUCUCAUGGAAGAGUGGUUUAUCAAAGCAAAAAUGGCUACACAGCUGGGACCAGACUGAGGCUGGCGUGUGAUUCGGGCUAUGUCCUCAGGGGCCAGGACUCGACCGAGUGUCAGGCGGAUAUGACCUGGGCUCCCCCGUUACCGGUUUGUGACAAAGUCUGUGGCCCCCCUCCACAAAUCACCAAUGGGCAGCACUCUGGCUUGGGACAGGACCAGUUCCCAUAUGGCACAAGGGUGACGUACAGCUGCACGGAGGGUCUGUCCCUCAUUGGGGACGAUUCCAUUUACUGCACCUCCGACGACGGGGUGAACCUGGUGUGGAGCGGAUCUGCCCCGGAGUGCAGGGUGGUUCGCUGCCCCAAGCCCGCAGUCGAGAGGGGAAGGAUGAUUCCACAGAGGUUCACGUUUCCCUACGGGGUGGCCGUGCAGUUCUCCUGUGACGAAGGCUUCGUGCUGCACGGCGAUGCCGAGAGCCGGUGCCUGGCCGAUGGUACCUGGCAUCCCCCCCUGCCCACCUGCCGGCCAGUUCAGUGUCCGCAGCCCUCAGCACAGGAUGACCUAGUGAUUCACUCUUUUAGAACAUGGUACGAGGUGAAUGACACUUUGUUUUUCAACUGCAAAAGUGAUGGCCGUCGAACGCUAAAUUCAGAAACCACCUGCUCAGCUAAUGGCACUUGGAUACCACCGCCCACAUGUAAAAAGCAUGAUACAUGUGAGAAGAUUCUUCAAAACAGGGAAGCUUUCCAGUGUGGAGUUCCUCUGACAGAACUGAAAACUCUGCUGGAAGUCCGGAAACUGUACCUGGAGAUCCUGAAACUUGAAAAGGAGCUAAGAAUUCGGGUUCUCGUCGGGGAGUCGCUCUCGCCCUGCGCAGCGCUGGCAUCUCCCAGCGCCAUGCCAGUGCUUCGCCGCCGGCCGGGGCAGGUCCUGGCAGCGGUGGUCCUUGUGCUGCAGUCAGCUGGGGCUCUUGUGGUACAGUGUCCCAUCCCAGCCAUCACGCACGGCCAGCUGAAACCUGCGCAGAACUUCACCUACGGGAGCACAGCCACGCUGGAGUGCGACACCGGCUACAUCCCCGUGGGUGCCGUCACCACUGUGCGGUGCCUGGCCAGCGGCAGAUGGUAUCCACGGAUGCCUGCCUGUACCCUAGAGGUGCAGUGUCCCAGCCCCGUUAUCCAACAUGGGAGAGAGAUCAGCCCCAGGAAAGCUGCAUACACCUUUGGACAGCAGGUGGAAUUUCAGUGUGACCCCGGGUACGUGCUGAGGGGCAGCCAGAGGAUCCAGUGCUGGUCUGAUGGGACGUGGAGACCCCCCGUGCCGUACUGCGACAAGGUUUGUGGUCACCCACCAAAAAUCACCAACGGGCAGCACUCUGGCUUGAGAAUCGAGCAGUUCCUCUACGGCUUAGAAGUAAAGUACAGCUGUGCAGAGGGUCUGUCUCUCGUUGGGGACGAUUCCGUCUACUGCACCUCCAACGAUGGGGUGAACCUGGCGUGGAGCGGACCUGCUCCGGAGUGCAGGC